AUGGAGCCGUUUCUGGGGUCGUGGAAGUUGGAAACGAGCGAGAAUUUCGACGACGUGAUGAAAGAACUCGGAGUGAGCUUGAUCACACGCAAAAUCGCCCAAAACAUAAGUCCAAUCCUCAUUGUCUCCAGUCUUGGAGAUGGACAGUACAAAAUGAGGUCGGAAAGCGCCUUCAAGAACACAGAGUUUGAAUUUAUGUUGGGUGAGGAGUUCGAGGAGGAAACUCCAGACGGCCGGAUUGUCAGAUCCACCAUCACGAUUGACGGCAACACUUUGAAACAGGUUCAGGUUGGGAAUAAAACCACUUACAUCGAUCGUGUCGUUGAGGGCAACAAACUAAAAGCGAUAGAGCCGUUUCUGGGGUCGUGGAAGUUGGAAACGAGCAAGAAUUUCGACGAGUUGAUGCGAGAACUCGGAGUGGGCUUGGUCACACGCAGAAUUCUCGCAAGCAUAAAUCCUACCCUCAUUGUCUCCAGUCUCGGUGGCGGAAAGUACAAGAUGCGGUCGGAAAGCGCCUUCAAGACCACCGAGUUUGAAUUUAAGUUGGGUGAGGAGUUCGAGGAGGAAACUCUAGACGGCCGGAUUGUCAGGUCCACCAUCACGAUUGACGGCAACACUUUAAAACAGGUUCAGGUUGCGAAUAAUACCACUUACAUCGAUCGUGUUGUUGAAGGAAACAAACUAAAAACGAUUUUUACAGUAAAUGGAGUCGUGAGCACGCGAAUCCACGUGAAGAUCUGA